AUGGGUUCUGCUAACAUGAGGGUCAAACAAGGACUAUCACGCAGGGUGAGUGGAAUAGGAUCACUCAGAGUCAGAGAUAUGGGAUCACGCAGGGAAAAAGAAAUGGGAUUACCCAUACAGCGUUCCCUACCAACUGCAGAAGUUAGUGAUCCUGUGCCUGAGUUAGCAGGAGAACGAACCCCGUAUGAGAGAGAUUUAUCUGAGACAAAUCCCCCCUUUGACUAUCAGAACCCAACAUCAGUGCCUUAUUUGUAUGAUGAUUGUAUGGAUGACUACGAUUUGGCCUCUCGUAGUUUUGGAAGCUCAAAUCACAGAUCUUUCUGUGGGGGUGGCACAUGGUCCGAUGGGCAAGAUACUGAAACAACAGAAUUUGUCUCCCUUCGAGCUCCAAUUCGAUCUGCAUGUAGUAAAUGUGGUGUAUUGGCGACGAAGCAUGCGAAAUUUUGCUCUGAAUGUGGUUCUUCUUUUGUAGGAAAUAAUGAAGGCAGUGAACAUGAGUUGCAAAGAUCAUCUACAUGGAAUAGAAGUGGUGAGCGAAAGGUCUACACUUAUUCAGUAAAAAUAUUAUACGAUGAAAACAAUGUUCUUGGUGUAGGAAGCAAUAGUACAGUAUACAAGGCCAUUGAUAUUAAAUCUGGACAACCCCUAGCUGUGAAGUUACAGUAUAUCAAUUUAGAUGAUGAAGGAAAAGUCGAGGAUAUUCGCCGGGAACUCCGGCAUUUAUCGUCACUUCGACAUCCUAACAUUGUUGAAUAUAUGGGAUGUUCUGUAGAACGGGGUAAAAUCUACAUUUUAAUGGAGCGUCUAGAAUGUGGCUCUCUUCAAGAUACAAUUGAGCAAUUUCCUUCUGGUGCCCCACAGAGCACUGUCAGUGCAUAUACACUUCAACUAUUGCGAGGUAUUGAAUACUUGCAUAGUUGCGGCGUCACUCACAGAGAUAUAAAACCGGCGAAUAUACUCCUGUCAUCUGAUGGUACUAUAAAAAUCUCGGAUUUUGGUUCUGCAACACUUGCGAUAGCAACCAGAUCUACCGAUGAGCCGAAACUCGCUGGUACCCCACUGUAUAUGCCACCUGAAGCCCUAGAUACAAUAGGUAAACAUGGAAAUGAUAUGCUUGUGUAUGGAAAGGCGCAUGAUAUUUGGAGUUUAGGCUGUUGUGUACAUCAAUUACUAACUGGAGAAAAACCAUGGUCUUCGCUUGAUGUAGGAAAUGCCUUUGCGUUAUUAAUGCAGAUUAAAAGAAGACCCUUUAUUCUCUCAGAAGAUCUCUCAUUCUCAGCGAGGGCAUUUCUUGUGGAGUGUCUUCAACAAGACCCAUUACAGCGAGCCUCAGCUAGUGAACUCCUAACACAUGAAUUUAUUACCAACCCUGAAUACGGUGACGGUAGUUAUUUAAAUGCCGAGAAUGAAUAUGAUGCAGUGUGA